CCUCCAGAGCCAUAUGUACCCAUGAACAGAAGUUAUCCCAGUAAACUAGCAAGAAAUGAAAGUAGAGAUAUAAUAUUUUGAAGACUAAAGUUGCACCUACAACUCUGGGACAUACCAGUAACACAUGCUCUUGUCUCAGCCACACAAUAAACUGGAAGUCAAUGAGAUCAUUUCAUGCUCUUUUAUUUGGAAGAAGUGGUCAAAAGACAUGGAUAUCUAUUCAGACUUCAAUGCAGAGAACCUCUCAUCUUCAGCUAAUAUGUCUAUUUCUUUGUCUGGACAAAUUGGACUCAAUACCACCGGUGGUACUCCUUCUAUGUCAAUAAGCAGGCUUUUCCCAGCCCUGCUAGAAUGCUUUGGAAUAAUUCUUUGUGGCUACAUAGCUGGAAGAGCCAACAUUAUCACAUCAACUCAGGCCAGAGGACUGGGAAAUUUUGUGUCACGUUUUGCACUCCCAGCUCUACUGUUCAAAAACAUGGUGGUACUUAACUUUUCUAAUGUGAAUUGGUCCUUCCUGUACAGUAUUUUAGUUGCCAAAGCUGCUGUGUUUUUCUUAGUAUGUGUUUUAACAUUGUUGGUAGCCAGUCCUGAGAACAGAUUCAGCAAAGCAGGUUUGUUCCCUAUUUUUGCUACACAGAGCAAUGACUUUGCACUGGGAUAUCCCAUAGUUGAAGCUUUAUAUCAAACCACUUACCCAGAAUAUCUCCAGUACAUUUACCUAGUGGCUCCAAUAUCUCUUAUGAUGCUGAACCCUCUUGGGUUUAUCUUCUGUGAAAUCCAGAAGUGGAGGGAUAAUCGCACUGUGUCACAGAGCAAAAUCAAAAUAGUGGGCCUAGCACUCCUUCGAGUUUUGCAGAACCCGAUUGUGUUCAUGGUCUUCAUAGGAAUUGCCUCAAACUUUAUUCUUGGCCAGAGAAUUCCCGAAUACCUUGAAAGUUUCCUUGAUGGACUGGGCAGUUCAUUUUCUGGCUCUGCUCUUUUUUACCUUGGACUAACUAUGGUUGGACAAACAAAAAAACUGACAAAGGGUAUGUUUGUUGCACUGAUCCUUCUCAUCACAGCUAAACUACUUAUGAUGCCAUUUCUCUGUAGAGAAAUGGUGGAACUCUUGGACAGGAGUGACAGCAUAGUCAACCACACCAGUUUGUCAAACUAUGCAUUUCUUUAUGGAGUUUUUCCAGCAGCACCUGGUGUCGCAAUAUUUGCAAGUCAAUUUAAUAUGGAAGUAGGAAUUAUUACCUCAGGCAUGGUGAUAAGCACUUUUGUGUCUGCACCUAUUAUGUAUGUUUCUGCUUGGCUGUUGACCAUUCCAUCUAUGGACCCCAACCCACUGGCAUCUGCACUCCAAAACGUUAGCUUUGACAUCAGUGUUGUCAGCCUCGUUUCUCUGAUCUGGUCUCUUAUUAUUAUUCUUCUGAGUAAGAAAUACAAACAUCUUCCUCAUAUGAUUACAACAAAUCUACUUGUUGCUCAGUUUAUUGCUUGCAUUGGAAUGGUGGCAUGGAAUUUCAUUAUUAAAGAGAAAGACGUCACCAUGCAGAUCCUAGUAUUUAUAUUCCUCUACAGCUCACUUUACAGCACCUAUCUGUGGACAGGUUUUCUGUCUUUCUCUUUGUUUCUGUUGGGGAAGAGUGAAACAGUAAACAUUCCCAUUGGGUUUAUUAUCAUAGCUGGAUGGGGAGUCCCAACUCUUCUGGUGGGAAUCUUGCUAAUUGUUGGUGAACGUAGUGACACUGGUAUUGACUCUGCCUUUUUCUAUGGAAAAUAUCAGAUAAUUACCACAGCAGUGAUACUAUUCAUCAGUAUAUUGAUGUCAGGUAUCUCACUUAUGUGCAUGAACAGAACGAGGCAAGAGUCAAGCUAUGAGGUGUUGAACCCAUAUUCACCACGUAGCCAAGUGGAGGAAGUUGAAGUGGAAAAGAGUGAGGGGAAUCGAGCGUCAGCCUCUGUCCCUCAGCCUUCUGCAGGGUCUUCUGCACAGCCUUCCCCAGGUUCUCCUGCACAGCUGUCUGCAGAAAGAGGGUGCUGUUCUUGUCAAACAACAAAUGGUGAAUUAUCCUGUGCCAGAGAGAGCAAAGCAGCUACUGUUGAAAGCAAGGUUCCUCCAAUUGAGACAGCUGAUCAGUGUGUGAAUCAUUGCAGUGCUCAAACCUGUGUAUUGGCUCAGGAAGAACAGAUUCUACAGACCAGAGACAAGCAGCUGGCCAGACAUGUGCUGCUGUGCUUACUUCUUAUUGUUGGCCUGUUUGCUAAUCUUUCCAGUUGUUUAUGGUGGCUGUUCAACCAAGAGCCUGGAAGGCUGUAUGUGGAAUUGCAGUUCUUCUGUGCAGCAUUUAAUUUUGGUCAGGGCUUCAUUUGCUUUGGUAUUUUUGGCUUAGAUAAGCAUUUAAUCAUUCUACCAUUCAAGAGAAGACUUGAAUUUUUAUGGGGAGGAAGAGAAGCUGCAGGGCAUACAGAUCCCUCUGUACCCGAGGAAAUCAGGAUGACCUGUCAACAGUUUGUUCGUUAUCACAGAGAUCACUGUGUCAAAAGUAUUGUCAGAGGCAGAAGGUGUGGUGCCAAGAUCUCCACUGGCAUCUUCUUUGGCUGUGACCUGGUGAACUGGCUCAUGCAAGUUGGCCUUGCCUCUGACCGUGGUGAAGCUGUGAUGUAUGGAGACAGACUGAUGAAAGGAGGCAUCAUCCAGCACAUCACGAAUGAAUUUGAAUUCCGGGAUGAAUAUUUGUAUUACCGCUUCAUUCCCAAGAGAGCAGCGGCAGCUGAGAGCCACUGACAGCAGCACUGUAGGCAGAGGGCAGGCAGCCAGGGGUGAAUGUGACCACCUCCUCCACUGAAACUGGAAGUAUUUCUUUCUCAGGACUCUCAGAGAAUUGUUAUUCUCUCUGCUAAAGUUUAAGAGAUGUGGUUCUGCUUCUGUCUGUUCUGAAGGAAAUUAUAUUUAGUGAGCAUUCCAAGCCGAAUGCAACUUGAACAAGACAAGGUGCUCUGGAUUUAGAGCAUUUUUUCCAUUUUGAGCAAAACAAAUAGUAAAAUAAUACAUGUAACUGUGGUAUUAUAGAGCCAUUAUAAAAGCAGUUUUAGUGACUGGUGCCACAAUGAAAAAAAUACAGUGAAUGGGAGGUACUUUUCAUGUUAAGGUAUGUUUUCCAUAUUUUAGUGUGAUGAAAUACUGAUUACUGUUUAAGGUCAGGCUUCUACCUGACAUCACAGAAGUAGGUUUUCUUCUUUUGUACCCCUUUUUUACCACUCUGCUCUUGUCCAACACCAGGAACUUUUUCUAGCUGUUUACAACUCAGAUCAGGUGGUUUUCUCCCUUAAAGAUAAGUUCCUCUGUUUUUAGAAGUAGAACUGUUGUGAAGUUUAUUUCAGUAUCAGAGGAUUAAAGGUGAGGAAGUACUGAGUGGAAUAAGUAAUAGGUUUGUACAAAUUUACCAAAUCUUUGAACAUAUAUAAAAAUACCCACCACCUUGCCAAAGUAGGAAAUGAUCCAGUGUCUUGUAAACAAUUGGUUCUGAAGUGUUGCCUUAUGGUGGUAGUAACAGCUUUGUCAAGUGUAGAGUUUUUAAUCUUUUGGAAUGAGCCUUUCCAGUAUAAUUCAGAAGUGCCAGCCUCAAAUAAAGAUGUUAUUUUAUCAAAUCAAAUUUUAAAAUAUGAUUACUUUUAAAUCUUAUUAUAUAAAGAAUCCUAACUGAACAUCCAAGUUAGGGUUUACAGUACCUAAAGAUCAUAAAAUUAUAGCAUUGGUUGCCUAAGGCAGGUUUCUAAUAAGCCUCAGGUUCCCUCCUACGACCUUUAAAUAGUUACUUUGGUAUCAUUCAGAUUCCUGUGCACUGAAGGCAGAACCUGAGAAUCUGCGUGUCCUACUGCAGUAUUUUGAAACUGUUAAAAACAAACUGUGGUAUCCAAUAGCCAUUAUGCUGCCCUUUUAACCCUGCAAGAACAAAACUUGUAAGUCUAUAUAAAGAUUUUAUACAGUGUGUGAAAGGAAACCAACUAUUUAAAAAAAAUAUUUGCUCAAGCAUAUGAAUAACUCUUCUCAAUCUUUUUUUAAGUCUUUUUUUUUAGUAGAUUUUUAUUUUAGCUACUUAUGCAUCUACUUUGUAUGAAUGAUUAAAAAGUAUUUUAUCAGCAUAAACUACUAUUCAAGAAACAGCAAGUUUAUAGUAGCUGUAAGACCACUUGAGACUUACAUUGGAAAAAUAAUUCCUUUUACUGCACUUCUGCAUUAUGCACAUAACUGCAUCUUAAUGCAUAUGUAUGGCAUACAAACUGACAUACUUUAAUGUCUCCCAGCAACAAGAUAACUGACAUUUGUAUCUGCCUGUGACCACAAAGGAAAACAAAAGCAUAUUUCCCUUUCAACUACUGAUGACAGCUACACCAAAUGUUUUCGAAUAAUUAAAUAUCUGUGACUUAAAAAGAGAAGCCAUGAGUAUGUCUGCCUUCUAAAUUCUGUAACUUGUCAAUAAAUCUGCUAAUUGAUUUCAGAGUUGUGUGAUAUGUGGGGGGGCUAUGUGUGCACGUCAAAAAUUAUGAUGAAUUUUUUCGGAGUGGCUCUUGGGUUUCAGAUUUGGUGUUUUAUAAAUCUGCUGUUGAUUCUUUUAAAGUAGGCAGAUGACUUGUUAAGGGGUGUUCACACAAAGAUAUGAGUUUCUUUAACAUCCUAAGCAGAUCUUUAGA